AUGACGAAAAUUCUUGUCCUGAAUCCAAAUUCUACAGAGUCCAUGACGGAUGGCAUGGUCUCAGCCAUCAAGUCCGCCGGCUUGGACAAAGUGGUAGACAUUGACCAGUACACCGCUCCGUCAUCGGCUCCCAAGAGCAUCAACAACGACCAAGACAUUCAAGCCAGUGAAGCAUCGGUGAUAGGAGACAUGCGCAACAAGCUCAGCAAUGGGACUAUAGACGCCUCCAGCUACGACGCGAUUCUUGUGGCGUGCUACAGCGUGCAUACUCUGGUGGAUUCACUAGCUGGUCUGUUACCGACACAUGCGAUCACUGGCAUCUUUGAGGCCAGCGUGUCCACCGCACAACUGCUUCUGCGGCCUCAUAGCGACCAGAAAUGGGGCAUCGUGACUACGGGAAAGUUCUGGGAGGAGCAUCUGACACAUGGCGUCAAGUCUUUCCUCGGUCAAGAUGCUGCCAGUGACAACCAACUCUUCGCAGGUGUCUUCUCGACAGGCCUCAACGCGUCCGACUUCCACCACGUUCCUCAAGAGGAAGUCACUGCGCGGCUCAAAAGUGCGAGCAAAAAGCUCUUGCAAACGGGCGAUGUACGAUGUGUAGUCAUGGGCUGCGGUGGCAUGGCUGGCCUGGAACGUGUGAUACGCGACACGGCAACUGAGGUGUAUGGUAAAGAAAGGGCAAGGAGGAUCUUUGUCGUGGAUGGCGUCAAGGCGGGAGUCUUGCAGCUCGAGCAGACUGUGCAGAGCAAACGUAUAUUUGGGUAG